GAGAGACUGUGGUAAACCGGGUAAUGUUACUUUGGACAUGACGGAAGUGCUAAAUAUUUUGCAUAAUCAACAUCAAAAUAAAGUUACAUUCACCAUUCUAAAAAAAUUAGUUACGCCCACCAAUCUACUUCUAGAGAAUAAGCUGCAGGAUAUUAUAAAAGGCACUGUAACACGGGCCUUAAAUAAAAUGGAAAACAAAAUUGAGGUCGAUGGAAAAACUGCCCAACUGGUGUAUAAAAGAUGUGGACCGGCACAUACAAUAUUUAUUAACGAAUCCGAUAUGAAGUACUCUGUGGAUUUUGUGCCUGCCAUUAAGCUAAAUGUAAAGCAAAUUGUGUUGGGUCAAGAAAAACUCAAGUACUUCAAGAACAUUCCGUAUUGGAGUGCGAUUCCAAAACCGUUGAAGCCAUUCGAGCCAAACAAUGUGUCAUUUAGGGCAUCGUACUAUGAAGCCGAAUAUGCCAUGAUUAAGGAUAAAUAUAAGCUAAAGGAUGUUAUUAAAUUUAUAAAGAAGUUCCACGACUCAUAACAAAAUAUCAGCACCUUGAAGAGCUAUUAUAUCAAGACCUUAUUGCUAUGGCAAAUAGAUGCCAGGCCAACGACCUAUUGGAAAACCCAACAGCUAAACAAAAUAUUGAUCGAUAUGUUCAGAGAGUUGGCGAAUUGCUUGGUUACGCCGGGAAAAAAUGGUAAGCUUCCACUAUUCUGGGAUCCCCAUCUGGAUUUAUUUGCUGCAUUAACACGAAACCAGCCGAACGAUAUGUUGAAAUGUGUAACUGCUGAGAUUGAUACGCUCUGCCUAGCAGCUAGGAGUUUAACAGAUGACAUCAGUCAAGCUGUAACACAAGCGUUCAGUAAUCGGCAAGAACGCUUAAUCAAGAAAGCCGAACUGAUGCCGCCACCAGAACCAUCCUUAAAUCAAGCUAAAUCUCAACCGGGAAAGGAGUAGCUCAGUCUUUCAUCGCUUUGUCUAGUUGUCGAUCGACAUGGUCCUCAUCUUACAACUAGCAUUUUAGCCUGCCCAAUCCACCUACAAAUGUUAUGAUAAAACAGCCCGUAAAAAGGAUAUACUGAAAAACGAAACAAAUUUUACAGUAAGAAAAUAGAUUUAUUAAGUAUAUAUCAACGGAUUUUGGCCGCCAUACAUGGAAUUACAUUUUCUCGACACGGCAACCGAUGCUUCCCGUUUCCACAUUUGGAUCUUUCCUACCAAACUGGAUGUUUAUUUCCAUUGGCAUACUGGACCUGCUCAUUCAGUUAAGACAUUCUGCACCUACUGUUCUUUCGACAACAAAAUACUUUUAAAUUUUCCCAACCGUAUCGAUAACAAAUGCAAAUGCAACCCUUAUAGUAAUCGAAACCAAGGCGCAUCGCAACAACUGCUUAGCCGAUAGUAAAUUGUCGUCUUAAGAUUUGGUAUUUACGAAGGCGGCUUUAUUAAUUUGAAUUUCCCGCGCAGUAACUUUAAGUUAAGCUCGGCAGUCAUUUCACUUUGUUUCAAAAUUAAAGAUCUGAUUUGUUGCCCAUCGAAACCACGCUCCAUUCAUAUAUCAACGUAUGUAUCGUAGUGCUAUAUAGGAAAAAUCGGUCGAUUAUGAGUCUUUGUAUGGAUAAGUGGUCUGUUCUUCAGAUAUUUUCACCAAACUCGGCAUU